AUGCAAAUGGCAGCAAGUGAACUGGACCUUUACGAAGCGUCGUUUCGUCGUGUACCAAUGAACUCAGCGACGACACAAAAAGAUAUAAUCGAUUUUACUUCAGUCGCAACAUCAUCAACUUAUAAUUUGUGGGGGAAACCAUUAAAACGAGCUGUGUCAACAAAAAAUAUCGAUGGCAAUACAAUAUUCGGCCGAUUUGAUCGUUCUAAUAUUGUGAAAGAUUUAUUUCCGAAAGGACGCAGUCUACAAAGACCAAUAAAUUCAGCAGACAUGAAAAUAAAUGCACGUGGUGCAUACAUGUCUUUACUACCAGUAGACCCAUCAACUGUCCGUGCACAAAAAAUGCCCUCUCCUCUGUCAAUGGCUACAGGAAAGCAGGCUGCAAGUUUACCUGAACUACCACAAAAAAAUGUCCCAACACGAAAUACACGUCUUCCAAGUGCCGCUAUAAUCGAUGACAAUAGUGAUACUAAAUUAUAUGCACGCUGCGCUACUACAUACGGAAGUGGUGCUUGGAUACGACGAUAUAAAUCAAUCAAUGUAUCACAAACAUUCAGUGAUUUAUUACGCGAUGAAACCAAUAGAGAGAAGAUCUUAUUGAAAAAACGCUCCUAUCAACAAUUACUUACAUUUUCAUCGGCAUCAUCAUCAGCAUCCUCGUUUACUUCGUCGCUAAUCAAACGUAAACGAAAUAAAGUUUAA